AAUUACUAAACGAUUUGGUGCAUCAUGUUUCAGUCGAGACAUCAAAAGGGUGUCAGCUGGAGCAAUCUGUAAGUGUUCAAUUUCUUAACAUCAGAAAAACACUUGGAGUAAAGACAAAGCAUCAAAAACUUUGUGGCUUCUGAUUUGUAUUUUUUCUCCUUAAAACAUCUGCUCCGCACAAGAAAGAAAAUUCCUAUACAAAGAAAGAAAAGCUUUAUACAGCCUCCAGCUGUGCAUACUAGAAUAGAAAGUACACAAAACCGAAAGUUGACGGGAUUUAUUCUCAGGAUAACUUGUAACCCUGACCUGUGAGUCACGACAUGCUAAUCACAUAAGUUUGUAGUCCUAAGCCCUCCGUCACUUCUCAGGCAGUAUUGUUGGUUACGAUUUUCUCGGUCUUUUGAUGUGGAGAAACUUUCAGUGAAAACUUUCAGAGAAACUUAUUGCUCCAAGCUAGAAGACAAAUUCUGGUGCCUCGAAAGGUGUGAAAGGACUUAUCUAAUCUGAGUGCUUAUUUUACAUUUUGCCAGCGGAAAAGGCGAACUAACAAUUCAACCGUGGGAUGAGACUGGACGUAUGACAUUCGUAUUGUGUUUGUGAUAUCAUACCAAUCUAAUUCGAAGAAAAAUGCCUCUAAGAGUGGUCUCUGUAGCAUCUGCCGUCAUCCUGCUUCUUUUUACCGGUACAGGCGAAGCUCAGACAGCAGACAACUGUGGUUCAGGCUGGAUACUUCUCAAUUCCACCUGCUACUUUCUGGUUCUGGAACCAAUGAACUGGUCUUCAGCUUUGACUAACUGUCAGGAAAAAGGCGCUGGUCUACUGUCUCUGAAAUCAGAGACAGAACAAAAACUGAUUGAGAUGAAACUUGCUACCCAUGAAAGAACCUGGUGGGUAGGACCCCAGCGCAGCACCUCAAGUGAUGGCAACUCCUCUGACAGCACUUUGGUGACACUUCAUGAGAACUCUUCUUUUUCGGGGGAAAUGAUACUUUGGAACAAGGGUGAGCCUAACAACAAUAAGAAAAAUGAAGACUGUGUAGAGAUCUACCCUACUGGUCUACUGAAUGAUUUGCCAUGCAGCUGGUCUGUCUCGUACAUUUGCGAGAAAGAGUUAGAGCAUAACAGCUCCCUAAACAGCUGUGAUAAUGGUUGGAUCCUUAUCUUGGAUUCUUGCUACAAGUUUUUUAAUCAGCACAUGCUAUGGACGGACGCACAGGCAAGCUGCAAAAACAGUGGUGCGACUUUACUGUCUUUGGACAACCUAAGCCAACUGCUGCAGAUUAAGAAAGAGAUGAAUCGUAUAAACAGUAACGCCCGAUGGUGGGUGGGCUUAAGGAAAGUAACAUCUGACAUUCAGUGGAAGUGGCUGGGAACGAACCGCUCGUUCGCACCUGAAGUUACACUGUGGAACAGUGGUGAGCCAAAUAACAAAGAGGGUAAUGAGGACUGUGUAGAGAUGUACUCUAGUGGACUACUGAAUGAUUUACCCUGCGACUGGUCUCACCUCUACAUAUGCGAGAAACAUUUACAGCAUGUUAACGACUCCAUCAGCAGCUGUGGUAAUGGGUGGAUUCUAAUUGCGGAUUCCUGCUACAAGUUUUCAAACCAGGCCACGAAGUGGACAGACGCACAGGUCAGCUGCAAUGCAGAUGGCGCUGACUUGCUGUCCUUAGACACCACAGAAGAACGGUUGCAGAUUAUUAAAGAGAUACGUCGUAUCAACAGUCAGGCCACGUGGUGGGUGAGAUUAAGGAAAGUAUUGCCUGAUGUUAAAUGGAAGUGGCUGGAAAAACCUCCAGUUUCAGCACCGGCAGUCACACAAUGGAAGAAAGGUGAGUCCAACGGCGUUCUAAGUAAAGAAGACUGUGUGGAAAUGGACUCUGACGGUCUGCUGAGUGAAGUGCCAUGUAGCUCUUCUCGCUACUAUAUAUGUGUGAAACAGUCAACAAGAGGAUCCAACUUAGAAGACAAUUGUGAGACUGGGUGGUUCUUGAUCUCUAAAGCUUGCUAUAGUUUACCUACAAAGACUAUGCCAUGGUCUGAAGCACAAAAGAGUUGUCAGGCAGUGGGUGGUAAUCUGCAGUCUAUCAACACUUUACACGACCUGAUAAAAAUUCAGGAAAGAGUAGAUCUGAAGAGCUCGCCGUGGUGGGUAGGGGUGAGGAGAGCAUCUGCCGACGGCACAUGGGAAAGAGACAAUGGUACACAAAGGUGUGGAAUGAUGGCGUUUGACGGCACGCUGGUUUACGAGGAUUGCACAGCGUCACACUCUGUGAUCUGCGAAAGAAAUCUUAUAACUCCAAGACCUCGACUAGAAUACACUACAGAAGCGAUUACUUCCACAUCAACCACAACUCCUUUAACCACCACAACGAUCACCUCCACCUCAACAGCAACUACAACUACAGCUACAACAAGCACCACGUCUUCUACGCCAGCGUCAUCGGUGGUCCAGGAAGAGUUACCUUCAUCCACCUGGCUAUCUUCGUCUUCAACGCCAUCGUCGACUACCACCACGGCUGCUCCCACCACGCCUGCUCCCACAACGUCUUCGACGAUGACGUCAACAGAAAAGAAGAAGAUCCCAAAGCCGAAACCACCAGAAACUUUGCCGAUCGAGAACCAUAGAACGUUGGAGGACUUGUACAAACUGUACUCUGGAUGUUAUCUCCAAGAACCAUGGGGUGGUGCGAAGGACAUGUCCUUCUUGUACCAGGAUGGCUCCAGCACGUGUCCAUCCAUUGAAGUCUCCCAGAUCGUGUGGCCUGAAACCUCGUAUGGCGUCACAAGAGACAUGAAGUGUAGAACCGGGCAGGGAAAGGCCUACUUUCACUGCGGAGGGAACCCGGUGUGCUGGCGUGGACAGCCCAAUGUUGAUGAAUGCGCUUCUCCAGAGUUCAAGAAAAUACUUGACCAGGUUAAGAGUACGAAUGACUCACAAAAUCCACCGGAACCGGAACAAACCGUAGCCUUGACAACGCAACUGGCAGACGUGACAGAGAGUGACGACUUAACUUCUGAUGACGUGCUGGCGACCUCAAAGGUCAUUUCCGGUCUGGUCACAAGCGGGGCCACCCAGAAGCUCAAGGACGAGACAGAAGUCGAGGCCAUUGUUUCUAAUGUUGUCAAGGCCGGCAGCAACCUGGUGUCCACCAACAAGUCCCGCAUGUGGACAGAAAUGCCACAGCAGGACAAGAUCCGCUCCGCUACGUCCCUGAUGGUGGCCAUGGAAACGGCCACUGUAGCCAUGGCAGAGAAGAUAGACAAACCCACUGUAAUCAACACUAAAGACGAAAAUAUAGAACUAGAACUGCGAGUGAUAAACAUCACUUCAGUUUCGCCAGAGGAGAAGGAGAAAAUCGUGUACAAUGCCGAGAAUUCAGAAAACACUUUCUCCAUCCCCUUGGAGACCCUCAGUCACCUCAGUCAUGGUGGACUGGCCAAAGUUGUCUUCAUGACACACUACACGAUGGGCGACAUCCUCGGCGACACCGCUGGUGGUGACAAGGCUGAUGAAGGCAAGAAACCUGACGACACCGUCCACACGAGGCCUGGCGACUCCAGCAAGGACGACGCCGAUGAUGUGGAGCAGGAGACACCUGCGCCGAAACUGGCUUCCUACAUCCUCAGCGCCUCGGUCGGAGGUCAAGGUGAAGGUCGUGUCAAGCUGCCGCAGCCAGUCACCUUCACCAUGAAACACCUAAAGAUGGUGCCAGCAGGGUGGGAUUCGCUGUGUUCGUUUUGGGAAAUCAGUGAAAGUCAAAUGGGGUCAUGGUCACAGGAGGGAUGCCGCGUGGUCCGCAGCAAUGCCAGUCAGACGACGUGCGAGUGUGAUCAGAUGACCAACUUUGCCGUCCUCAUGGCGGUUCAGGAGGUCAAGGUUAAGAGUACGAAUGAUUCACAAAAUCCACCGGAACCGGAACAAACCGUAGCCUUGACAACGCAACUAGCAAACGUGACAGAGAGUGACGACUUAACUUCUGAUGACGUGCUGGCGACCUCAAAGGUCAUUUCCGGUCUGGUCACAAGCGGGGCCACCCAGAAGCUCAAGGACGAGACAGAAGUCAAGGCCAUUUCCCUUUCAACGAUCGCCACUGCAUCCUCUACACCAGCGACAACGCAGACAAGUAGUGGGAAAGGCCAGCCGGAGGUAACAGUAACUACCAUGUCAUCAUCAGGAUCGUCGUCUUUAUCAAAUGGUGACAAUACAAUAUUGGAACAACCAUUCCAGCAGCUCACAAGUAGUAAAUUAAUGUGCUAUACCUUCCUUUUAUGCUAGCAUGCUACCACAACAAAAAUGUUCACCUAUGGCUCUUCUUUCUGGGUGAGGCUUAGAACUUUCUGAAUGACCCUCGUAGCAAAUUAAAUAGCAAUUUUUGCCUUAUAAAAGAUUAAGGUAUAUAUGGGCAUGGCGAAAUAAUGAGUGAAAAUGAAAGGACAUUGAUUUUUGUAUUUCUGUACAAACUAGAAAGAACUUACACAUGUUUCUGUGUAUGCUAAAACACUAGCACCUAUUUACAAAAGAAGCAAUGUGAUGAUGAUUCAGACAGUAAAUCAUAAACAUUAAAUAACAAUGGCAGUACCAGAGCAACAAUAAGGGGGAAAUUGUUGUGAGCAUGUAUGUGGGAGUGGAUGGCGAUUAUACUGAGAGGUAAUAGCACUGUAGUAUGGGAGAUGUGGAUAGCACAGACAGUACUGGGACUCAUUUAAAUAAACCAAAUUGCUGUAUUAUGCAUUCUGCACAAUGUGUAUGUUUAACUAAUCAUGUGACUUUCAGCUUUUAUUGUACCUCAUUAACUAUUUUGAUUGGGGACUAUCAGGCCUGUUAAUGUGGGUGGUAAUUUGUACAUCACAGCUGUUACCCACAAGCCCAGUUAUCAGGGGCAAAUAUCUAUGAAUUUCGUGUACUGCAUAAGUGUAUAAUAUAGUGUUUGUAGCUAAGGACGAAUACUUUUAUGUUGUUCAUCCAGCACAGCAAGAUUGCGGUUGUGGUCUCAGCUCAGGGUACUAGAUGAUCCAUAAAGCUGGAGUCUGAAGUAGGAAGCAUGCUUACGUUGAUAAGAUGUUCAGGUUCCUGAGACUUCAAAACAGGAAGAAGAGCAAAAAUUGUGGCCUGGGGUUGUCUGCAAUUUCAUGGCGAAGCUCUGGUGACAAUGCCAUGUGUAACGUUUCCUGUUGGCAGAAUCCAGAAAUUCGUUCUCUUGAUCAGUCUGUAACAGUGGAGUAGGGGGGAGAAAGAAUUCGUGUAUUUUAGGUGUCUAUACUCUCCGUCUGCCUAAAUUUAUGAACUGGUUUAUAUGGUAACAUAAACACUGAAUACACACUAUUUAUCAUUACACUAUUUUGAUAAUCAUGUAUGUGUAAAAUUAUGUGGAACCAGCGAAAAGACAGCACAUAGCUGACUUUACAGCAGUGUCAUUCCCUCUCUCUAGUGAAAACAGCAAUAGCAAAAAUUACAUUUUCCCUUACUUUUCAUGAAAAUCUCAAUACAAAAUUCUUGACCGUAGAAUCAUGAAUGCCUGAAUAUAAAUAUAAAAACACGUGGUUCCCAUAUUUUGGGAAAUGAGGACAGCCAUUUAUGUCUGGUAGUUAGAUGCCCAUUUCCACCCUUUACUUUUUUUUCCUUCUUAUUUUGUAAUGGAGGCGUGUCGGCUAGAGGUCGAGUAGGCCACAAACAUUUAGUAUGGUGGAUACCGGGAAAGCCAGUCCCAGAACCACGGACGUUCUGUUAAGAAUUAAUUUAUAAAACUUUUGUUUUCAUAAAAAAACCAAAACCAGCAGUAUCCCGUUCUUUUAACUUUCACAUGUUAUCUAGGCUGUGUCUAUCCAGACCUUUGCUCCGAUGACGAGCACGAGCGAACCAGCUUAACGGUUUGCCAGCUGGUACCAAUGAAUGAACGAAUAAAUGUUUUGGUUAUUUAGUUUUGGGGAAAUAGUACCUGCGUUGUGCCCAGCCAUGUGCCCGAAAAACUUGUACCCGCACUGAGAAAUUUUUUGAGAAUAUCGAGCGAGGCCAUGACAGUACUGAUGAUAAUUGUUUGGGAUUUAGAAUUCUAGAAUUGCUUAUUUUUUUACAGGGAGUUGCGUGUUCAUGUUCAGAUAUUCAAGAUCCUGAAAAAAGACGAUAAAACUAACAUUUGUUUCAGUUUCUGCACCUAUUACAGGGAUGGGGCUGCUGUUCAUAUCACCAGCAUCACAAAAUUGGGUAUUAUUCAGAGUAAAGGUUACAGCCCACACUAUCUUUCACCAUAUAUAAUGAAUUUUUUAAUGUUGAACAAGCGUAUGUGUAUAAAACAGGAUGUUGAAACAGGAUUUGAUUUCAGGAAACUUAGCUUGACACGUCAAUCCCAACAUACAUGCAUAAAUAAGUACAGUUCCCUAGGCAUUCUUUGUCAUUCCGCAGGCAGUCUUCAAAAGUGACGGUUGGUAACUUUUUUUUUUUCUUUCUAUGUAGAGAAAAAUUUUCAGUAAAGUCUAGAAUGUCCGACCAUAUCUGUAUUUCUAUGCUGAAACUCUCAGCAACUGCUCAGUCGAUGAAAUCUGAUGUUUGUAUUUCUAAAAUGUCUAUGGAACUUUAUAAGUGUUUUUCUUCAUAUAUUUCAAGUGGAAACGUUGACCUAACAAUUGACUGUGGGAUUACACCGGAUGUAGGACUUGCCUGCACUGUCUGUGACAUACAGUUGCAAAUCAACGGGAGAUGUUCCCAAGAAUGGUCUGUGUAACAGCUGCUGUCAUCCUUCUCUUUA